CCACCUUCGGUUGUGGCGCUCGCUCCACUAAUUUAGUCGGUCUCUUCACCAGUUCAUCCUCGAGCUUGCCCCUUUGCCAGACUCGUCUCGUUCAUCGCAGCGUAAGGCGACAAGAAACUCGCGACACGAACGAACCUUUUGUGUUGUCGCAGUCCUUUCUUUCUAUCCCGUCUUCUGAUUCCUGCUUGCUUCCGUUAUAGCUUUGUUGCUACGCACUAGCCUGUGCGUUUCUGCUACCCCGUACACAGUCCCACACCUCGAACAGUGUCCGGCGUUAUCCUCCUCGUCGAGGUUCAACAACGACCAACGUCGAUGGCCGACUCCGACGUCAAGCACGUCUUUCCUAGCGCCAGCACCAUGGGUUCCAAGCUAGAGAAUUUCUCUCCCCGGCUUUCGACGGGGGAGACCGAAACAGCCGACCAGCUCCUCGAGAACCUCGGGUACAAGCCUGAGCUGCUGCGCAACCGAUCGACGCUCCAGGUCGCCUUCAUGUCCUUUGUGCUCGCCUCGAUCCCAUACGGCCUGGCCACGACGCUCAUCUUCCCGCUCGUCGGUGGCGGUCCCGUGAACAUCAUCUGGGGUUGGGUCGCAGUCUCCCUCAUCACUGUCUGCGUCGCUGCGUCUCUUGGCGAAAUCACGAGUGUCUAUCCCACAGCCGGAGGUGUCUAUUACCAAGCCUUUAUGCUGGCCCCUGCCAACUGGCGCCGCGUCGCGAGCUGGACUUGUGGCUGGCUCUAUGUCGUCGGGAACAUCACAAUCACCCUAUCUGUCAACUUUGGCACCACACUUUUCUUCGUCGGGUGUAUCAAUGUGUUUGAAAAGGAGCCAGGGGUCGGCGUCCUUGAGGGCUCUAACUACCAGGUCUUCCUUCUCUUUGUUGCUGUCACCUUGCUGUGCAAUGCUGUGUCUGCUCUGGGCAACAAGUGGCUCCCGUGGCUCGAUACUGCUGCUAUCUUCUGGACCUUUGCAGGGGUCAUCGCCAUGAUGGUCACGAUCCUUGCCAUCGCCAAGAAUGGUCGUCACGAUGCCAAAUACGUCUUUGGAAAGUUCGAGAACAGCUCUGGCUGGCCCGAUGGCUGGUCUUUCUGCGUCGGCCUCUUGCACGCCGCUUAUGCCACUUCCUCUACCGGCAUGAUCAUCUCCAUGUGCGAGGAGGUUCAGAAGCCUUCGAUCCAGGUCCCCAAGGCCAUGGUCGCCACCGUCUUCAUCAACACCUUUGCCGGCCUGCUUUUCCUGAUACCCAUCGUUUUCGUACUGCCCAACAUCCAGGGUCUUAUCCUCCUCCCCCAGCCCGUGCCUGCCAUCAUCACGAGUGCCGUCGGCUCCCCCGGCGGUGCUAUAGGCUUGCUCAUUCCCCUCAUGGUCCUCGCCCUACUCUGCGGCGUCGGGGUUACCACGGCCUCUUCGCGCUGCACCUGGGCCUUUGCGCGAGACGGCGCCAUCCCCGGAUCUAGGUGGUGGAUGAAGGUCAACCGCAGACUCGACGUGCCGCUCAACGCGAUGAUGCUGUGUAUGGUGGUGGAGAUUGUGCUUGGUCUCAUCUACUUUGGGUCCACGGCCGCCUUCAACGCCUUUUCCGGCGUCGGUGUCAUUUGCCUGACAGCCUCAUAUGCCACUCCAAUUGCCAUCAGCAUGUUUACGGGCCGCAAGCAAGUCAAGACUGGGAACUUCUACCUCGGCAAAUUUGGAUAUUUCCUUAACAUUGUCUCUAUCGCAUGGUCCUUGCUAGCAUUGCCCUUGUUCUGCAUGCCCUUGAGCAUACCUGUCACUGCCACAACGGCCAACUAUGCCCCGGUCGUGUUCGUCGCCGCGACUGCCAUCUCGAGUAUCUGGUACUGGGCGUGGGGACACAAGAACUACGCCGGCCCACCGGUGCAAGGGCAGCACCAACAUAAUCAGUAGGAGCGUGGAGCCGGGUGACUGCGGCGCUGGAUAGCUGACCUGGUGCGCGAUGAUGUAUAAACAGUUUGUCUUUAUGAUACGUUCAGCACUGGUGAUGUGCCAAUUACGCCAACUGUCAUGAAGUUUUUUU